GUACACCGAGGAGGAGAUCCGACAGAAAGUGAGCACAUUCAGACAGAUGCUGAUGGACAAGGAGGGUGUUAUCACCAGAGAGGGCGCUCACACACAACCCAUGGUGAACCACUUCCACUAUCAGCCCGACGAGUACGAAGACGACCCAGACGCGGUCGGCUACGCAGACGGAGACUACGAACAGGACUACCACAGCGAUGACAGAAUGAAAAGGAAAUCAACCAGCUCUCCAUCCCCCCGCCCAAAGAAAAGGAAGAAGAAGAAGUCUGGCCGUCGAAGGAGUCGGUUUGGCAGCUCGUCGCCCACUCGCAGAGAGAAGAAGAAGAAGAGUGGGAAGAAGCACAAGCGAGACAGGUCAGCAUCUGACUCCAGGAAAAAGAGAAGAUACAGGUCAGGCAGCCAGAAGAACAAGCACAAAGAUAAGAACAGACAGAAAAAGAGGUCGCCAGGUGACACCCCCAGCAGGGGCUCGCAGCGUCAGGGCAGCUGCUGCAGCUCCCGAAGCGUCUCCCUGUCCUCCACUCGGAGCACCUCCAAAUCCCCCUCCAGACUGAACCCGAAGCACAAGAUGGACGGACAGAAGGCGUCGGCCGCGUCACCGCCUCCGGCUCCGAACAAUCCCGCCAAGUGGCACAACGGGGACCACACCCGGCGGAGCCGCAACGGCAAGGCGGCCAGAUUCACACACGCCGAGGGCGAGAAAGGGAAUGAUAAGCUGCGUCUGCUGAAUGCAAGCUCUGCAGGCAUCCAGUCCACUUUACUAAAAGAGCAAAAGCUCCACAGCGCCCCCAGCAGGAACCAAGCCGAAGAGGCUGGGAGUGUGGAUGGCAAGAUUGCAGCUGUCGGGAGCUCCUUAACUCAGACGUCAGGGAGGAGAAGCGGCCAGAGAAGGAGCUCCCACUCCCCCGAUCACAGCAGCGACUCGGCCCACUCCCAGCACAAGCACGCUCACAAAGGGAGGACGUCCCGUCAUCAGCGAAGGACAAAAGGUGGCCACUCCUCCAAGCGUCACAACCGCUCUAACCGCGGUCCGGCGCACCACAAGAGCCCGUCGGUAUCUCCGGGACGCCACUCACACGUGUCGAGUAGGAAGAACGACGAGUCUCGGAGCAAAGCCAACAUCCGGCAGCGCAGCAGCUCCUGGAGCAGCGGCCGCUCGUCCUCGCGCUCGGCCUCCAGAGACAAGGGCACCGGCAAGGUCAAGUCCCCGCACAGCAGACAGAACGUCUCCAGAGAAAAGGACAGCGCCAACCGCUCCGACACCGACAGCCGAGCUCGGCGCCGCUCGCGCAGCUACUCGCCCAUCAGGAAGAGAAGGAGGGAUUCGCCCAGCUUCAUGGAGGCUCGGAGGAUCACCAGCGCUCGGAAGCGGCCGAUCCCGUACUACCGGCCCAGUCCGUCGUCGUCGAGCUACGACAGCAGCCCGUCCCGGUCCAGCCGCAGCCGCAGCUACAGCAGCUACAGCAGCUACAGCCGCACCAGAAGCCAGAGCCACAGCCGGAGCCGCAACUGGAGCCGGAGUCGCAGCAAAAGCCGCAGCCGGAGCUGGAGCCGAAGCAGGAGCCGCUCCCGCAGCCACCACAGCUACUACAGCCGCAGCAGCUACGACAGCCCGGGCUUCUGAACGCCGGCAGGCAGAGGGACGUGGCGCGUCUUCCCUCCAGAGAGUCCAAACUCCUCCAUCAGGGACAACACUGUCUCCAGAACAGAGCCCGAACAAAGACACAAUGUAUUUUAUUACGGCACAUUCGUUUGGAUCGAACCGUCUCCGAUCAUGUAUCACACAGACAAAACAAUUUCCACACGUCAAAAGAAAAAAAAAAAGUCAUUGACUGAGCCCAAGGAACAAAUCGCACCAUCAGUUAGCACUUUCCGUCUCAUCCUCCGCCACCAGAAGGGAGUUGGUAAA